AUGACUUCUAAUAAUUCAAAAGGCAAUAAUCAACAAGAAGAACAUAUUUACGAAGAACAACCAUAUUAUUCAAAUGAACGAUCCAUGUUGUCAAGACAAAGUAUUGUUGGACCUUAUCAACGAACUAGUGAGGUUGUUUAUAAUACUGGUGAAGGUGAUUAUAAUCGAUCGUUAAAUGCUACUACAAAAAUUAGCAAUGGUCAUACAUCAUAUCAAUAUAAUUCAUAUGGUGGAAAUAAUGCCGGUCCAGAACAAUUUGCAUGUUAUCAUUGUGAUCGAAAUUUAUCGGGUUCACGAUAUAUACUUAAAGAUGAACAUCCUUAUUGUAUUAAAUGUUAUGAAGAUCGUUUUGCAAAUAUGUGUGAAGAAUGUCGUAAAAAAAUUGGUACUGAAUCAAAAGAUCUUUCAUAUAAAGAUCGUCAUUGGCAUGAAAAAUGUUUCUUCUGUUCAAUGUGUAAAACACCACUUGUUGACAAACCAUUUGGUUGUAAAAAUGACCAACUUUAUUGUGGUGAAUGUUAUAAUCAACAAUUUGCUUCACGUUGCGAUAAAUGUAAUCAAAUAUUUAAACCAGGAACGAAAAAACUUGAAUAUCGUGGACAACAAUAUCAUGAACAUUGUUUUACAUGUUUUGCAUGUUCACAGCCUAUUGGAAUAAAAAGUUUUAUUCCAAAAGAACAAAAAAGUUAUUGUGUUCCAUGUUAUGAAGAACAUUUUGCAACAAAAUGUACUCGUUGUACGAAGGUGAUUGCACAGGGCGGUGUAACAUACAAAAAUCAACCAUGGCAUCGUGAAUGUUUUACAUGUACCCAUUGUAAAAAUUCAUUAGCUGGUCAACGAUUUACAUCACGAGAUGAUCAACCCUAUUGUGCAGAUUGUUUUGCACGUCUUUUUGCUAAAAAAUGUUAUUCAUGUAGUAAACCAAUAACUGGUGUUGGUGGUACACGUUACAUCUCAUUUGAAGAUCGUCAUUGGCAUAAUGAUUGUUUUGUAUGUCAACGUUGUCGAAGUUCACUUGUUGGUCGAGGUUUUCUUACUGAAGAAUCAAAUAUACUUUGUCCCGAUUGUGGUAAACGAGAGCAAUAUUAUCAAACAGAAAACACGGGUUUUAACGGUGGACAACGUAGUAUUGUUAGUGAUUAUCAUACAACAAAUUAG